AUGAUGAAGGGUUUGAUGUUCCAACAACAACAGCAACAGCAACACUCACAACUGGUGGAUGAGAAUAUGUCUAAUCUAACUUCAGCAUCAGGUGAAGCUGCCAGUGUCUCUUCUGGCAACAGAAAUGAAAUUGGCACCAGUUUUUCCCAACAGUUUUUUGCUCCACCUCCAUCUCAAACUCAACCAGCUCUGAAAAAGAAGAGAAACCUCCCAGGCAAUCCAGACCCAGAAGCAGAAGUAAUAGCCUUGUCUCCCAAGACACUCAUGGCAACAAACAGAUUCAUCUGUGAGAUCUGCAAUAAGGGGUUCCAAAGAGAUCAGAAUCUUCAGCUUCACAGAAGAGGGCACAAUCUGCCAUGGAAGCUUAAGCAAAGAACAAGCAAAGAGGUGAGGAAGAAGGUGUAUGUGUGCCCAGAAGCCAGCUGUGUGCACCAUGACCCUUCAAGAGCUCUUGGUGACCUGACUGGAAUCAAGAAGCACUUUUGCAGAAAGCAUGGUGAGAAGAAGUGGAAAUGUGACAAGUGCUCAAAGCGGUACGCGGUUCAAUCGGAUUGGAAAGCUCAUUCCAAGACCUGUGGCACUAGGGAGUACAGAUGUGACUGUGGAACCCUUUUCUCGAGGAGGGAUAGUUUCAUCACCCACAGAGCCUUCUGUGAUGCUUUAGCAGAGGAGAGUGCAAGAGCCAUUACCACAGGAAAUAAUAACCCUCUCCUCAUCUCCCCUCAACAACAGCAAUUACAACAGCCUGGAUCUUCAUCAGCAUCUCAUCAUCAUCACAUGAACCUUAACCAAGUUCAAUUAGCCCACCAAUUCCAAGACCUCCAUGGAUUUUCAUUGAAAAAAGAGCAGCAAAGUUUCACAAGCCUGAGGCCAGACCUGCCUCCUUGGCUGGCCUGCCCUGGCCCACCCAACAACACUUCCAUUGACCUUUCCUCAUCCUCCUCAAUCUUCUCCACAAGGCUAGACCAAAAUUUCACACAAACCCACCAAAAUUUAUCUCUCCAUGAUCACAACAGUACAGCCCCAAACCCAAACCCAAACCCUAACCCUAGCCUGGGCCCCACCCUCCCACCCUUCCAGCCUGCCCCUUCCCCACACAUGUCAGCAACUGCAUUGCUUCAGAAGGCAGCUCAGAUGGGUGCAACAAUGAGCAGCAAGAAUAGUACAGCCUCUGCAGCAGCAGCAACCUCUGCAGGUUCCUCACCACAACCUAUGAUGAGGUCCCACCAGAACAACCAGGGUCACGUGCCUGAUUUUGGUGGUCACGUGUCCAGUUUUGGGAAUAACACAGCUGCAGCAGCAACAACGGGGGCAGGAGGAGCCAGUGCUUCUAGUAAUGGCACUGGUCCUCCUGCAUCAUCCUCAGGUAUUCAUCAACAUCAUCAUCAUCAAAGCCAAAACCAAAACCAAAACCAAAAUCAAAAUCAACAUCAAGCUUCUCUUCUGCGUGACAUGAUGAAUUCUCUGUCCUCUGGAACUGGGUUCGAAGGAGCUUCUUUUGAGCUGGAUGCUUUUGGGUCCAUGCCAACAGUUUUGAACAAUUCAAAGAAAGACACAAACAAUUCAAACAAUCCAUCAUCUGCCCAUUUCAACAGGUCAAGCGCCAGUGAUGAAGGUGGUGGCCAUGGCGAAGGUUUGACCAGAGACUUCCUAGGGUUGAGAGCUCUCUCUCACAGUGACAUUCUCAACAUUGCUGGGCUUGGAAGCUGCGUGACCAGUGCAGCAACAGCUGCUGCUUCUUCUUCCCUUGACCAAACCCACAAACCCUGGCAGGGUUAG